AUGGAAACUUGUUUUUUAAACAUUUGUCAUUUGAUUAAAAAUACUGAAUAUAAUUUCUCAUUCACAAAAACUAAAGAUACACAAUCUACAAGGAUAAGAAUUUUAAUUUAUAAAAAAGAUAAAGAUGCACCAAUCACAAUACAAGAAGCUAAAGAUAAGGGUUAUUCAUUUGUAAUAACUUCACAAGAAAAAACAAAUUACGAAGAAACUAGUUUUAUUGUUUUACCACCACAAAUUUUGGGGAUAAAGAUUUUUCACGAACAAAAACUUGUUUACAAAAAUAAUA